CUUCCCAAGCUCCCAGUGCAUGCUGGGAGUUGCAGUCUCGUUCCUAAAAGCUGGGGUGGCCGUGAGGUCAUCGACGGUCGCCGGGAGCCGCCAGCACGUGGCGGGAAGGGGCGGCGCGCGCUAGCUGUCUGGUCCAGGGAGCGGCAGCAGCUGCGCGCCCUCGCGCCUCCCGUCGCGGUGCCCUCCCGACAUGCCCGAGGAGGCGGGCUUCCCGCCGGCCAAGAGAUUCCGGCCGGCCUCUGGGCCUCCGAGCCGCGCCGGGCCCUGUCCUCCCGGGAGGCGAGUGGUAAUGCUGUUGACUGCGGGCGGCGGCGGCGGCGGCGGCGGAGGAGGCCGGAGGCAGCAGCCGCCCCUGGCCCAGCCCUCGGGCAGCCCCUACCCCGAGGCCGUGGAGCUGCAGCGCCGGAGUCUGCCCAUCUUCCAGGCGCGGGGGCAACUUUUGGCCCAGCUCCGGAACCUGGACAGCGCCGUCCUCAUCGGGGAAACUGGCUCUGGGAAGACGACUCAGAUCCCUCAAUACCUGUAUGAAGGGGGCAUCAGCCGCCAGGGCAUCAUUGCCGUGACCCAGCCUCGCCGAGUGGCUGCCAUCUCUCUUGCUACUCGGGUCUCAGAUGAGAAGAGAACUGAACUCGGGAAGCUGGUUGGCUAUACAGUGCGCUUCGAUGAUGUCACCUCAGAAGACACCAGGAUCAAGUUCCUGACAGAUGGCAUGCUUCUGCGUGAAGCAAUUUCAGACGCCCUGCUUCGGAAGUACAGUUGUGUCAUUUUGGAUGAAGCCCACGAACGGACUAUCCACACAGACGUGCUCUUUGGAGUGGUGAAAGCUGCACAGAGGAGGCGAAAGGAACUGGGGAAGCUACCUCUCAAGGUGAUUGUCAUGUCAGCUACGAUGGACGUGGACCUGUUCUCUCAGUAUUUCAAUGGAGCCCCCGUCCUCUACCUGGAGGGUCGGCAGCAUCCAAUCCAGAUUUUUUACACCAAACAGCCUCAGCAUGAUUACCUGCACGCCGCACUAGUCUCAGUCUUCCAGAUCCACCAGGAAGCCCCUUCUUCUCAGGACAUCCUGGUGUUCCUGACUGGUCAGGAGGAGAUCGAAGCAAUGAGCAAGACCUGCCGAGACAUCGCGAAGCACCUCCCAGACGGCUGCCCUUCCAUGCUUGUCCUUCCUCUGUACGCCUCCCUACCCUACGCCCAGCAGCUCCGCGUCUUCCAGGGGGCCCCAAAGGGCUAUCGCAAAGUGAUCAUUUCAACCAACAUCGCUGAAACCUCCAUAACCAUUACAGGAAUAAAAUAUGUAGUUGACACGGGCAUGGUUAAAGCAAAGAAGUAUAACCCUGACAGCGGCCUGGAGGUGCUAGCUGUGCAGCGGGUGUCCAAGACCCAGGCCUGGCAGCGCACAGGACGGGCUGGCAGAGAGGACAGUGGCAUCUGUUACCGGCUCUACACGGAGGAGGAGUUUGAGAAGUUUGAGAAGAUGACUGUGCCAGAGAUCCAGAGGUGUAACCUGGCGAGUGUGGUGCUGCAGCUCCUCGCCAUGAGAGUCCCCAGCGUGCUCACCUUUGACUUCAUGUCCAAACCCUCCCCGGAUCACAUUCAGGCAGCCGUGGCCCAACUGGACCUGUUAGGAGCUCUUGAACAUAAGGACAACCAGCUGAUCCUGACUCCAAUUGGAAGGAAGAUGGCAGCAUUUCCUCUAGAACCCAAAUUUGCCAAAACCAUCCUCCUGUCCCCCAAAUUCCACUGUACAGAGGAGAUACUGACCAUUGUCUCCCUGCUGUCUGUGGACAGUGUUCUCCACAACCCGCCCUCCCGGCGGGAGGAAGUGCAGGGUGUGCGGAAGAAGUUCAUCUCCAGCGAGGGCGACCACAUUACCCUGCUCAACAUCUACCGGACCUUCAAAAACAUAGGCGGAAAUAAGGAUUGGUGCAAAGAGAAUUUUGUCAACAGCAAGAAUAUGAUGCUGGUGGCUGAAGUCAGAGCACAGCUCAGGGAUAUCUGCUUAAAGAUGUCAAUGCCAAUCACAUCAUCCCGCGGAGACAUGGAGAGCGUCCGCCGCUGCCUGGCUCACAGCCUCUUCAUGAGCACCGCCGAGCUUCAGCCGGACGGGUCCUAUGCCACCACGGACACCCACCAGCCGGUGGCCAUCCACCCCUCGUCUGUCCUCUUCCACUGCAAGCCAGCCUGCGUUGUGUACACCGAGCUGCUCUACACCAACAAGUGCUACAUGCGGGACCUCUGCGUCGUGGACGCCGAGUGGCUGUAUGAGGCUGCCCCCGAGUACUUCAGGAGGAAGCUGAGAACCGCCAGAAACUGAGCCGGAUCUGCUGGUGCCUGGAGCUGGGACCAUAGCUGUCCGCAUAGCUGACUUCCAGGUUGGCGCCUAGAGAGGUGGCAUGUUUUGAUGUAGCGGAAUGUGCCUGACUUCCAGGAGCUCGAGAGCGUCUUUGUUUAAACCCUGAAGACUGAACUGUGUAAAUGUGUACAUACCAUUUUUACCUUGGAAACUUCAAAAUUAUGCUUUCGGUUAUUGCUGGGUGACUUUAGGUGACUUAGUUAACUUCUGAGCCUCGGUUUCCUCAUCUGCCAAAUGAGGGUAAUAAUAAUACUUACAGGGGUGGAGUUAUGAGGUUUACAGAAAAUGAAUGCAAAGUACCCAGAGCUGUGCCCGGCCUGCGAUGAACAUACGGUGAAUUGUGAGCCCUUAUGCCUGAUGUUAUUGCUUUCUCCAUGGUGUUAGUUGAGUACAACAAAACCGCCUGAGUUCCUGUGACUGAGAGGGAUUUUCUGGAAGGGGACCAUAGGAAAUCGCAGAGUUGGAUGUUGUCCUUGGAUCUAUUUUAACAUCUAUCUGUAUGAAGUUUUUAAACAGAAAGCAUAAGAGAUUGACUUCUGUAGAAGUUUCAGGAGGGAGAUGCUGUUGUGUCUCACCUAAUGGGCUGGCUGCCCCUGUGAACACUCCCCAGGGUGUGGCCCUCUCAGAGACCAGUAAAGGAGUGCUCACAGGACGCUGGGCUGUGUCUCUUCAUCCUCGGUGCCUCUCUGGUUCAUAUCCCCAUCUGUGCUUUCAGGAGACGUGGAAGUUUCCUGGGUGUGGGGUGAUCUGUAUCUUCUGAAUCGUGUCAAGUGUAGACAUGGGAAACUGUCCUUGUGGCGUGAUGCCUCCAGCAUACCCAGUUGCCAUUUUUCUCUCUAACUGGGCACAUAGAAACAUGUGAGCAUAGGGAAUGACGCCGUGCUACAUUUCAGCUGUCUCUCUUCUGGCAGGGCCCCUGGGCAGAGGGCCAUUGGGAGUGGGGUGGAGGACAGCGGCCAGUGGUCACUGUGAACCCAGACAGCAGUGGCUCGC